GAACAGUUUACCUGAGUAUAGUGCCAUGUCGACGGCACCCCACUUCGUGCUGGUGCCGCUCCUGGCGCAGGGCCACAUGAUCCCCACGAUGGACCUGGCGCGCCUCAUAGCCAGCCAGGGCGCGCGUGUCACGGUGGUGCUGACGCCCGUGAACGCCGCGCGCCACAGGGCCGUCCUGGAGCACGACACGCGUGCGGGGCUCGCCAUCGACUUCGCCGAGCUCGCGUUCCCGGGGCCUGCGGUCGGCCUCCCCGAGGGCUGCGAGAGCUUCGACAUGCUGGCAGACAUCUCCCUCUUCGCCACGUUCUACGAGGCGCUGUGGAUGCUCCCCGAGCCGCUCGAGGCGUACCUCCGCUCGCUGCCCCGUCUCCCGGACUGCCUUCUCUGCGACUCGUGCAGCUCGUGGACCGCCACCGUCGCGCGGCGGCUCGGCGUCCUGCGGCUCGUGGUCCACUUCCCCUCCGCGUUCUACAUCCUCGCGGCGCACAGCCUCGCGAAGCACGGCGCGUACGACCGCGCCGCGGACGACUUCGAGCCGCUCGAGGUGCCGGCGGAGUUCCCCGUGCGCGCCGUGGUGAACAGGGCGACGUCGCUGGGGCUCCUCCAGUGGACCGGGUUCGAGAGGUUCCGGCGCGACACGCUCGACGCCGAAGCCACCGCCGACGGCAUACUGUUCAACACCUGCGCUGCCUUGGAGGGCGCCUUCGUGGAGCGCUUCGCGGCGGAGCUCGGCAAGAGGAUCUGGGCGGUGGGGCCAGUAUGCCUCGUCGACUCCAACGCUGCCCGCGCGACGGCUGAGAGAGGCGACCGCGCCGCGGUGGACGCCGAGCAGGUUGUGUCCUGGCUCGACGCGCGGCCGGCGGCGUCCGUGCUCUACGUCAGCUUCGGCAGCAUCGCGCGCCUGCUCCCGCCGCAGGUCGCCGAGCUCGCCGUCGCACUGGAGGCGUCGCGAUGGCCGUUCGUCUGGUCGGCCAAAGAGACGGCCGGCCUGGACGCCGGGUUUGAGGAGCGCGUGAAAGGCCGGGGCCUCGUCGUCCGCGGAUGGGCUCCGCAGAUGGCCAUCCUGUCGCACCCUGCCGUGGGCGGCUUCCUCACAAACGCCGGGUGGAACUCGAUCCUGGAGAGUCUCUGCUACGGCGUGCCGAUGCUCACUUGGCCGCACUUCGUCGACCAGUUCCUGAACGAGGCGCUGGUCGUGGACGUGCUCGGCGUCGGCGUCCGCUCGGGCGCCAAGGUGCCGGCCACGCAUGAGAUGCACGUAACGAUAGAGGUGCAGGUCGGAAGGGUCGACAUCGAGAGGACCGUGUCAGAGCUCAUGGACCAAGGCUCGUCGUCAACGAUGCGCGCGAGGGCUAAGGAGCUCGCUGCAGAGGUGAGAGCCGCAAUGGCGAAGGGCGGUUCGUCGGACGCCGACGUGAAGGACAUUGUUCGCCACGUCAUUGAGGUGGCCAAGAAUAAGAGGGAGCACGCACGAGGGCACCAUUCUUGAUGGAAGACUCCAAUGGUAAUCGCUAAGGACAAACACAACCAGCGCGCGCGGAAACAAGAAGCUCUCGAGGAGUAGACAACAGAGGCCUAACAUGCGAAGAGGACAUGCUGCUGUUGUAUAUAUUUCUCCACCUUUCAUCCGAAUCAAUCAAACAAUAUAGAUGCCUGUUAACGACGUACCCAAAUACGUACUUACUUUUUUACCCUGCAGAAGUUGGAUUUUUUUUUGUAAAAUCUAUAUGCAUGUUAUACCAGUUGAUUGCUGAC